AUGACCGGAUUUUCGGUACAGGUCCCGACCAAGCCUAAUGGGGAGUGGGAUCCUUGUGGCCUUGGGACGAGUGGCAUUGUAACUAAAGCCUACAAUAGCGCGGACUACUCUCCUGUUGCUCUGAAAGUGAUUCCUGUCACUCUCCGUGAUGAGGACAGGAUGUCUGUGCUCCAGCAGCUCGUUGAACUUUACAGCUCCGCUCACCCGUCCGUUGUUGCAUUUUUCGGAGCGGAUUAUUUUCCAGACAGAAGUUCUAUUAUUAUUGCAACGGAAUUCAUGGAUCUCUAUUCACUCAAGGACAUCGUUUCUCGGACUGGGCCUAUUCCUGAGCAUGAUAUGCUUGCGGAUUUUUGUUGGAGGGUCUACGAUAUUUACAUAAGGCAACUUCUUCCAGUGCAAGAAAGAAAGCUCAUACAUAGAGAUAUAAAACCUUCAAAUAUUCUGGUGAAUAGCAUGGGACAGUUUAAAGUUUCAGACUUUGGGAUGUCAACACAAUUGAAAAAUACUCUAGAUCCUGCAAACACGUGGGUUGGAUCAACAACUUACAUGUCGCCGGAAAGAAUAGCAGGAUUACAAUAUGUGUACAACAGCGAUAUCUGGAGUCUCUCUCUCUCCUUGGUGGAGUUGAGUACGGGGAAGUUUCCAUAUGAUUGCUCGGGAGUUGCAAAGAGGAUGGAGUUGAUGUUUUUGCUGGACAGUUUCAUUGCGGCGUCGCUGGUGAAACGGGUUGAAGAGCGACCGAACGCAGAGCAGUUGCUCAAUCAUCCCUUCGUGGCUCGCUAUGCGGGAGCUGACAUCUCAGACUGGCUGGCAAACACUCUGGACGUUAUGCAGGUUCCGCCCAGUCAGUACCAACCUCAAGGACGAGGGCACUGA